GUGAUACACAAGGCAUCGUUGUGUAAUUGUAUACUCACAUAUUGGCAUUUGUUUUAAAAAUUUUAUAAGAAACUGGUGAAAUUCAUUGUCUGCUAAAUUUGGCGGUUUGAACGUCCUGUAAGUGAUAAUACUGAGGAGUUUCUUGGGUAUGCAAUUUGUAUUCGAACACACGUCUUUCGGGUUAUAUAAGUGGCAGGAUGAUGAACCGACUGGACAAGUAUUACGAGGCCCACCCUCAGCAGCUGAUGCGUCGAACACACCACAACAUGUUAAUGCUCCCUCCACCCCCUUUGGUGGACGCUUCGACCCCUGGUACUACCUCAUCCCGCACGUCAACUUGGACCACUUACCACAGCGGAAAAUCGUCUUCAGGCAACAACGGAUUUUCUGUUUUGGAACGUGGCGAACGGAUAAAACCAGAACGUUCGAAUAAACGCAACAAUGUUCAGAAAAUGCAAUGGAGAAGUUCGAGAUGGGUCAACGGUUUCCCGUACGCAACUUCCGGUGACGAGGAUUUUGAUAAUCGGAUUAGCUCCAUGACAAUUGCUGACGUGAGUCCACGAUUUGCCGUCAAACGAAUUAUUCUUCUGUACGAGAAUUUUCAGUACCGAGAAGCUGCUAACUUCAUAAACCGUCUGAGCCACGGGACAUUCAAAGUGAUUCUCAAUGAUUUGCCUAUUGAUCUGUUUGUUGAGUCCAUGCCUCAUAGUCUGUCAAUCCUUGAAGCCCUGUACGCCAAAGUAUUUCUGUCUGAUGGACUCAACUUCAGUAUGAAACUUCUGCGUCCGGAAGGUGUAAUCAUGCAAAUGGUCAAAUUUUUCUCAAGCCAGGAAUCAAUUGAUAAAACUGGCGAUAAAAAUUGGGAGCUCUGUGGGCCCUUCAUUUGCAGCUGCAAGAAAUUACUGAAAGUAAUCGUCCUCUCUGAUCCCAAAAUCAAGAAAGUUUUACAGCAAAGACGCAGAACACUUGAUAAAGCCAUCGAAGGCCUGGGACAACACGGCCUGGUAGGUACCACUGACGAGACGCUGAUGAAUCUACACGAUGCCCUCAAGAUGGAAUUCCAAAGGGUUGUAGAGACUUACAAGGGUGCUCUACAGAAGCUGGAGGAUCUUUCUUUGGCCAGUAAUAAAAAUGGAGUGACACGGGGCCCGGCGCCUGUCCAGGCGUCUCACCAGCGCCAAUUGUCUCUCCGACAACCUGAGAUUCAGGAGCGUCUCAUCAAGAACAAGACUCUGCUGAAUGUGGUGGAACCGACGUUGGGGAACCAUUCGCUCGAUAUUCUUCUUGGAAUUCUACAGCGGCGCAUUGAGUUCGACAAGGAUGUCCUGUUCCAGUUCACGCAGCUGCGCAAAGAGAUGAAGGACUUGGUGGAAGCCAACGCAGUUGUGGCCCCAGUCCUCAUGAGGUUCUCUCACGGAUGUGAUCAGGUGCUGGAGCUAAUGAAGGAAGUAGCUGAGGACGAAGACGAUUCUAGUGACAUAUCGGGUUAUCAUUCAGAUUCCGAUUCGGCGAUUAUGAUGUCUGGAAACUCUCCAUACGUCAGCAAGAGAGCUCGUUACAACUUCCUAUCGAGAUCAGUACGGUCUAGCAGCAAAUCAAGCAGUGUCCGUACUUCGGUACUUCUACAGCAGCUCAGCGGUUCAUCUGGUGAUUCUGCUUGCCAACAUCAUCGAGAUCUACACCAUUGUUCAUCAGGUUCUGACAGUCCUCCCAACUCACUCCUUGUGACUGAUCCCCCUGAAUGUACCAAGGGGGGCCCAAGUCCAGAUACCAGUUCUACUUCAUCAGCUAACAGCCAUACAGCCACUCGAACGGCAACACGAUCGCAGAUCAAACACAAGAACCAACUUCACAAAUUAAAUUCAGCAGGUUCCAACUCCUCUUGUGGAGCUGUUACUUGCUGCCAGGGCUGCCAGUCUCGAGCAUCACUUCAGGUUCUGCCAUCCCACCAGGACGAAGAACUAAUCAUCCUUAGACGUGAAAUAGAGGGCUUGCAGGCAGAACUGGGAAUUGCCAUUGCAAGGCUGCAAGAGUCUGAAAGGCAGCUCAAAGACAGACUAAUGUCACCCAGUACAAUUACGGAAGCACCUUCUGAUGCAAACAGCAACAUGGGAGAGCAUUUGGUGCGAUGCUAUGGCAACUUGUAUGCGGCUGCUCGAGUGGAUGCACUUGAUUCGCUAGACAACCUUCCAGCUCUAAAGGAUGCUGAUGAACUUAAGUCUAAAAUAUUGUUCUCGGUUGUUGUGCUGGCAUUCAGGUCAGCACAGUCAUUGCUGGCACUGAAGAAAGACCAUGUGAGACGAAUUCUGCAUAUUCAGCCACCCACAGUUAGCAGUGCCACACCCCCUGAGCCUGUAGCAGCUGAACUGGAAAGAAGUGUUGCAAUCUACCUCAGGAAGACAGUGGAUAAAUUUGACCUCGCCAAGAGCAUUGAGGAGGUCUGCUGCCAGAUCUGGGCUACACUAUAUGACUAUCCGUGUCUCAAAUCAUGUCCUGGACUUGUGCAGUAUGUGAAAGAUGCAGUUCAUCUAGCCUGGGGUCUUGUUAACCAGUCACCACCGUUCAUCCUUGAGUAUGAGCAGAGGACUUUACGAAGGGAUGUACAUGUUCGAUUCCAUUCAUCUAAUCCAGAAAGUGAGCAAAUUCGCACUUACUUGUGGCCUGCACUUCUGGAAGGGAUAGGAGGACCAUGUGUUCAUAAAGCUGUUGUUAUCACCUGACCAGACUCUGGACAGCCUCACUGAUAACGAACUGGAGAAUGUUGCUACCAGAAUUAACACAAGUGAUUGCAUCUGACAUGGAUCGGCUACAGUAUUUUCUGUCUUUGUUCUAAAAUCAAGAUGCUGUUAAGAGCUGCAGAAAUAUGGAAAUAAUUCUUAUA